AUGCAUGUCUUAUCUCUCACUCCCUCCUUAAUAUUCUCUUUUCUCUUUCUCAUCUCCACCAUUCCAAUUUCUCAAGCGAAGCCCACAACCUCUCAUCCCCAGACACUGCCGCACGUCCGCCACAGAGGACUAUCCGUUGAUUACUACUCCAAGAAAUGUCCUCAGCUCGAAAGUCUUGUCGGUUCUGUCACUUCCCAGCGGUUCAAAGAAGCACCCAUCUCCGCCCCAGCCACCAUUCGCCUCUUCUUCCACGACUGCUUCGUUUCGGGUUGUGAUGGGUCGAUAUUGAUAGAAACAAAGAAGGGAAGCAAGAAUUUAGCCGAAAGGGAAGCAGAAGAGAAUAAAGAAUUAAGAGAAGAAGGAUUUGAGAGUAUCAUCAAGGCAAAGGCAUUGGUUGAGUCGCAUUGCCCUUCUCGUGUCUCUUGCUCUGAUAUUCUUGCCAUCGCUACUCGAGAUUUCAUCCACCUGGCAGGUGGACCUUACUACCAAGUGAAAAAAGGAAGGUGGGACGGCAAAAGAUCGAUGGCAACCAACGUCCCUCCCAACAUCCCUCGAUCAAACUCCACGGUCGAUCAGCUCAUCAAGCUCUUCGCAUCAAAAGGACUAACAGUAGAAGAUCUUGUCGUCCUCUCUGGCGCCCAUACAAUCGGCUUCUCCCACUGCAAGAGUUUCGUUGGUCGUCUCUAUGACUUCAAAGGCACGAAACGACCAGACCCGAAUAUCAACACAAGAUUACUCAAGGAGCUCCGUAUAUAUUGCCCUUUCUCCGGCAGAAGCUCACGUGCGGCCCUUCCCCUCGACGCCACAACUCCGUUUGCGUUCGACAAUGGGUAUUACAAAGGUCUAGGAAGUAACAUGGGACUUCUCGGGUCGGACCAAGCCCUGUUUCUUGACCCGAGGACGAAGCCCAUUGUACUUGAGAUGGCUAGAGAUAAGCAGAAGUUUCUCAAGGCGUUUGGAGAGGCUAUGGAUAAGAUGGGUUCUAUUGGUGUAAAGAGAGGGAGGAAACAUGGGGAGAUACGAAAAGAUUGUCGUGUCUUUUUAUAGAUCUUUUUUAUUUAUUCUAGUUUGCUCUUAAGUUUGUGUGUGGUUGUUUUGUCUCGAUCUUGGUAUGUCUUGUGUCCUUUGUUUAGAAGUUUCUUGAUAUUUUUGUUCAUAGUAUAAAAGUUUUUUUUAAACCAUCCGUAACUUCAGUUACCUAAUAGACGAACAAAGUAAUUU